GUUGUCCGAAUUGCAAAGUUGUCCGGCUCGAAACAUCGGCUCAAAAACACCAUGUGGAGUGUCAUAUGUCCUAGUUAGCCCUAUAUUUAUUCUAGUAUUAUAAUAUUUCUAAGCAAAAAUAUGAAUUUGUUACCGCGUACCGCCGAGGAGUUCAGUUCGGCAGAGUACUGGGAAAGAUUCUUUAAGAAGCGCGGAGAGAAGUCCUUCGAGUGGUAUGGCGACUACAACAAACUGUGUGGUGUGCUGCAUAAGUACAUAAAAAUACAAGACAAGGUGCUGGUGGUCGGCUGCGGCAACUCGGAGCUGAGCGAGCAGCUGCACGACGUCGGCUACAAACAUCUGACCAACAUCGACAUCAGCGAGACCGUCGUGUCCCACAUGAACCAGAGGAACGCCGACCGUCGGCCCGGCUUGACGUUCCAGCAGGUGGACGCCACUCGGACGCCGUACGAGGACGCGUGCUUCCAGGCGGCUCUGGACAAGGGCACUCUGGAUGCCAUGGCGGCCGAGGAAGAAGGCGCGCUGGCGAGGAAUAUGCUCGCUGAGGUAGGCCGCGUGCUGAGUGUGGGCGGUAGAUACGUGUGCGUCACGCUGGCUCAGGAGGCCGUGAUCCGCCUGGCUGUGGAGCACUUUGCCCAGCUGGGAUGGGCGGUGAGGCUUCACUGCCUGCAGGAAGAAACCAGCGCGGAUGAGGCGGAGGGCUCCUUCGCUCUGCCCGUUUUCGUCCUGGUCUGCACCAAGUUCCGCCGGCCCAUGCCGACGCCCAUUUUGGAGAUGUGCCUCGGCGAAGACGGGGCCCCGACCCGCCUGGCGCAGGUGGCGGACUUGCUGACGGCCGUGCGGGAGCGUCAGGCGUACUCCGUCCUGAGGAAGAGGCUCCGCACCGAGACGGACGCCGGCGCCAACCUGUCGCUCACUCUGUGCCAGGCCAAGACGGGGCUGCCCAGAUACACGCUGACUGUGCAGGAUUCACCACCCGGGACCAAAGUGCCGAGGUCCAACCCGUUUGCCAUUUUUAUUGUGCCUCAAGGGAGUGAGACAGCGUGGCUCUACAGCUCCAGCGAGGGACGCCGGCAGCUGGCAGCCAGCGCUAACUUUCGCCGCCUGCUCAUUGUGGCCAUGCACAGGAAUCAGGAGUACGCCGACAUGCAGGCCGUCCAAUCAGAACUCUCGCCGAUGGUGAUGGACCUGGCUCCGCCGGGAAUGGCCGACAAUCAGCAGGUCCCCUUUCUGUCCGUCGGCGGCGACCUGGGCUGGCGAGAGGUGGUCAGCAGGGGCGUGAGCGAGCACAGUGGCGAGUACUGCGUGGAGAACGUCAGAGGGGAGGACGGCGAGCUGUACCGCAGACUGGUCUUCCUGUCCAACGUGGUUCUGGUACAGUCUGAGAGUCGCCUCGUCUCCUCGAACAGCGCAUCCAGUCACAAGAAGAAGAGCAAAAAGAAAAGCAAACAAUCCUCGGCGGCGCCGUCGUCCUCUCUGUCAGUGCACAGCGGCUUCCUGUGCUGCGCUCACCACAAAGUCAUGGUCGCUGCCCUCGCCAUGCUGGACUUGGACAUGGAGAACGACAAAGAUGUCCCUGUGUCGGUGCUCCUGGUGGGACUGGGAGGAGGAGGCCUGCCUCAGUUCCUGCGGGACUUUGUACCCGCUGUUUCUGUGGAGGUGGUGGAACUGGAUCCGGCGGUGCUGGAAGUGGCCAAGGAGUGGUUCUGCUUUCGACCCGACGAUCACCUGACCGUCACGCUCGGGGACGGCCUGGAACGCAUCUGUGCCUUGGAAAAAGAAGGCGAGCACUUUUUUGACGCCAUCAUGUUCGACGUGGACAACAAAGACAGCACGGUGGGUAUGAGCAGUCCGCCUGCUGCCUUUGUAGAAAGCGCCGUCUUGCACCAAGUCAGUCGCCUUCUAACCCCUAAAGGUGUUUUCAUACUUAACCUGGUGUGCCGAGACUCCGCCUUGAGGAAAGACGUGCUGGAGCGUGUGAGCCGCGUGUUCCCGACGAUCCUCUUCAGGGCGAUCGACGGGGAGGUGAACGAGGUGCUCGUCUGCGCUCGCGGGGAAAGCGUCCCGUUAGCGUCGCUGAAGCGAGCGAGCGGCCGCCUGCAGAGCGCGCUGCGCUCGGACGUGAGCAGGGGGCCCCAGAUAGACAUUGCAGACUUGUUGAAAGACUUGAGAGUCGCGUGAGAGCAUCGGGCACUAAGUACGGAAGUGUUCAUGUACAAAACCCAAAACCAGUGAAGUUAGCACGUUGCGUAAAUGGUAAAUAAAAACAGAAUACAAUAAUUUGCAAAUAAUUUUCAACUUAUAUUCAAUUGAAAAGGCAAGGCAACUUUAUUUGUAUAGCGCUUUUCAUACACAAGGCAGACUCAAAGUGCUCCACAGACAACAAAGUGAAAUGAAAGAAAAAUAAAAGCAAAAUUAAAAUGCAGACAAUAAAAAUAAAAACAGUGCGGACGUUAAAAGUUAAAAGAUUCAAAGAUUUAGCUGAAAGCUAAGGUGAACAUAAAAGUCUUCAGUCUACUUUUAAAAGUAGUCAGAGUUGGAGAGAGUCUGACAUCUUCAGGAAGUUUAUUCCAGCUAUUUGUUGCAUAGUGACUGAAUGAUGCUCUCCCUUGAUUUGAGUUUACUCUGGGAACCGCUAACAGAUUGGUCUCAGAAGAUCUUAGUGAUCUAGCGGGCAAUAGACUGCAAAGACAAGAUACUUAACGUUCGAACUGGUAUUUUAUUUAUUUUUUCAAAUAUUAGGUCAUUUGGAAUUUGAUACCCGCAACAUGUUUCAAAAAAGGUGGCAAAAAAGAGUGAGAAAGUUGAGGAAUGCUCAUCAAACUUAUUUGGAACAUCCCACAGGUGAACAGUCUAAUUGGGAACAGGUGGGUGCCAUGAUUGGGUAUAAAAGCAGCUUCCAUGAAACGCUCAGUCAUUCACAAACAAGGAUGGGGCGAGGGUCACCGCUUUGUCAACAAAUGCGUGCGCAAACUGUCCAACAGUUUAAGAACAACAUUUCUCAACCAGCUAUUGCAAGGAAUUUAGGGAUUUCACCAUCUACUGUCUGUAAUACCAUCAAAAGGUUCAGAGAAUCCGGAGAAAUCACUGCACGUAAGCGAUGAUAUUAUAUGUUGCCAUCCAAGCAACGUUAUCAUGGACGCCCCUGCUUAUUUCAGCAAGACAGUGGCAAGCCAAGUGUUACAACACCUUCAUAGUAAAAGAGCGCAGGAAGCCUAUCUCAAUCAGUGCGUCUGUAAUCCGAUACCCGUGUACUAGUUUGUCUGUAUUUCAAUCUCUGUGUAUUUGCAUAUUUUAUUUUGUGUCCGUAUUUAGAUUUGUGUGUUAGUAAAAACAAAUCUGUCUGUCUGUAUUUCGAUUUGUGUGUGUGUGUGUGUGUGUGUGUGUGUGUGUGUGUGUGUGUGUGUGUGUGUGUGUGUGUGUGUGUGUGUGUGUGAGUGUGUGUGUGUGUGAAAAAAUCAGAAUCAGAAAUACUUUAUUAAUCCCAGAGGGGAAAUUGAGAUUUUCAGCAAAAUCCCAUUCAAGAGCAGACAAACAUUAGAGCAGGGGUCCCCAAACCAAAAUCCGGCCCGCGGGAAGUCUCAAGUUUUUUUAGUUUUUUUGUCCUACACCUUCUAUGUUAGCUACCUUUCUUUGUUUAUAAUGUCUAUUUUCUGCUGGAUCUACUCUCUAUUUUAUGAUGCCCUUUUUUUUGCUGCAGCUGUUACAUAUACUGUAAUAUUGUACAUCAGGGGUGUCCGACUCAUUUUAGCUCGGGGGCCGCAUGGAGGGAAAUCUGUGCACACGCGGGCCGGACUAUUAAAAUCAUGGCAUUGAAACAAAAAAAAAUAAAGACAACUUCAGAUUGUUUUCUUGGUCUUACUUUGGCCAAAAAUAGAACAAACACAUUCUGGAAAUACGA